GCUUCAUUUCACGUGUAUCUCUUACUCGGGAAACACAUACGAGUGCUCGCAUAGAUCGUUCGACGCGAGGAUCUAUCGGGGGAGAUCUCAUUCGUCGCUUAUUAUUAUUAUUAUUAUUAUUAUUAAAGAAAAACGAGACGCGAAUGCUUUGAGGUUUUUCUAACGACGAUUAAAAAUUAUUGAGGCGAAUGCCUCGGUCGCUGACCGAAUGUGACGGUGUUACGAUAAAAAAGGUCCGCAGAUGAACCCGGCAACGGUGAAACAGUGGCUGACCCGCGGGGAACUUGAGAAACUCGAAAAUGUCGUGCUGGAGGGUCGAGGAGCUCGCUUGCUCGGUGAACACUCGCCCGAUCUCAGGACUCGAGUCUUUCUCAAGGCUCUACCCAACUUCUUGACGAAAAUCAGCCAAAUUCACGACGCCGUGACGAGGGGCUCGUUACCAGAAGUACAAAAACUCGUGGCCGACGAGCCGAAGAAGAAGCUCGCCCUGGCUAAAGACAGCUCUGGAACACCCUUGAUCCACAAGGCCGUUUACAACGAUCACCAGGACAUCGUCGAAUGGUUCAUUCACACUUAUCCAACCUCGCUCCAACAGAAAGACCGGGAGGGAAGAACGGCCCUCCAUUACUGCUCGGCUUGCAAAGAUCCGGACGCAAUUUGGGAGCUGCUCAUCGAAGGAGGCUGCGACUCGAGCGUCUGCGAUAAGCGGGGAAACCCCGCUGCUUAUUAUCUCAGCCACAACAACGAGAUCGAAUUACCGGAAGGGGAAACGAUGGCCCGGCGCAAAGGCAGUAACAGCAAGGAAUAUCUCGACUUCAAACCUUCCAAUAUAAGAAUAUGGAUCCACAAUCGUGACAUCAGCAAGUUGCAGCAAGUGUUAUGGGAAGGUCAUGGUUCAAAGCUGCGAGUGGAAACGAGCAAUAAUCCGAGAGUACGAAAAUUUUUGGAAGCAACCCCCUUUAUAAUGGAUUCUAUAAAAACGAUCCACAGCGCCGUCAUCAAAAACGAUCUCGAAGGAUUCAAGAAAAAAAUCGCGAGUCCUGUCUCGCCGAUAAUACUGUGCAGCAAAGACGUCAAUGGAUUGAAUGUCCUUCACAAGGCUGCCGGUCUCGGGUACACGGAAAUCGCCCGGGAAAUAAUCGACAAGUAUCCCGCAGCGUUGAGUCUCCAGGACAACGACGGGAGGACUCCUCUCCACUACGCCGCAAUCGCUAAAGACGAGGGAGCCACUUACGAUCUUCUGGUCGAGCACGGAGCCGACGAGAAUAAAUUGGAUAACAAACAAAGGUCGCCCCCGCACUACAAACACCGUUCGAACGAAAUAGACUUGACGAACCUCGUCGUCGUGCCGGAAGCACCACGAGUCUCCGGCUCGUAUCCGAAAAAUUGGGACUGGAGAAUCCUCGAGUCGGACGAAGCCCUGAACAGAGCUCCUAAAAAAGUUCGCAGCAUGGUGGACAUUGACAGGGCUUUCGGGAGCCCGGAAGUUGCGCCGAAAAAUGGAGACGUUGGUGCUGAAGAUUUGGGGAUUACCAGAAGUGAGGAAGCUAAGGACGAUUUGGUGGAACAGAUUAAAAAAGCUGACGACGCUCUGGAGCUCGAGGUUCCAAGACCACCGGAAGUCGAGACCCUCGUCGUCGAAACGGAAGAAUUCACGGCCCCGGAAGAACCCGCUCCGGAGGAAGGGCCUCCAGAAAACGACGGAAAUACCUCGGACGACGAACUCGUCGUCGUCCCCGAAGCCGAGGAACAGGCUCCCCCGGAUUCCCCGGAAGAUAAAAAACCCGCAGAACUUCAGGGGCACGACGACGAGCCAGACUCGUUGAAUGACGAAGAAAACAACGCCGAGGAACCCGCAGACACGAACGUCGAAGAGGAGGAACGCAACGAACCGAGCACCGGGGACUCCGGUCUCGAGGAAUCGACCAAAGACGAGGAUCAGGUUAUCGUUGGAGAACACGCCGAGUCGCCAGAAGCGGAGCUCAACGAAGGGAGCAUGGCAGUGGAUUUGGAAGUCGAAGAUUUGCUGGAGAACGGUAACAUGGAACAACUGGCUGCGCUCGUGCUUAACGGCGAGGGACGAAGGCUCGUUGGAAGGCAAUCGAGUAAUCCCGAGCUCCAGGCUUUCAUCGAUAACGUGCCGGCUUACAUAGGAAAAAUUCACGCCGUCCACAUGGCCGCGAGGGAAGGCAACCUGAGGGACCUGCAGAGCUCACUUGACAGGCGCAAAUUCGCCAUCGCUCGCGAUGGCUCCUCCCCACACGGGGCAACGCCACUUCACGUUGCAGUGAUUUUUGGACACACUGCGAUCAUCAGGUAUCUCGCUGGUAGAUUUCCAGAAACGACACACGCGCUCGAUAUCGACGGCCGGACGCCACUGCACUACGCCGCGACCUUAGCUGACAACGGUCACUAUUAUAAUCUCUUGCUUCAUCUCGCCGCGAAUCCUCUGGUCCAAGACAACUUCGGACAAAAGGCCGAUUACUACAAGGACAACCAGAGCGAUCUCUCCCACAAACGACUUUUGCGAGAUUUCGGAGCUCGUGAAAAACUCGCCGAUGAAAUGCUCACCGACAAAGUUCCGGGCGGAGAUCUAUACUCGUCGCGUCGGGACAUAAACGAGCCGGAAACACUGGCGACCCUCGAAAGAUGUUUUCGUCUGUUGGCCAACGCGCGGCGGGGAUCGGUGACGAGUACGCCGACAACGAGCAACGAUAACGGGGCCACUGACGUACCCAUUUUUCGCACCGAGGAAGGCCGCUACUUGGCUUCUUCUCUCGGCGAUCCCCUGAUAAAAGGCCUCACCGAAGUCGCCCACACGCGACCCAACGAUCCUGUCACUUAUCUCGCAACGUACUUGUACAAUUUUGCCAGCAAAAACAAAUCCACCGACUCUAAAGAGGAAUCUAACGUCCUCAUCAUACCCAAUCGUAAACAGGUCGAGCUCAACGAUCCUGCUAUCGAUGUCUUCGACGACGAUGCAGGCUAUCCGAAAAGUCCGGAAUCCGAGGGCCCCGAAUCAACGUUCAACAACUCGAACAGGGACGAGCACGGUCAGAGCAUGCUGCACUUUACCGCAGUCCGAACUCAUCCGACCGAUGGAUUAUUCAACAUGCUUCAGGAGACCCAGAUAAACGUUGGCUUCCGGGACGAACUUUACCGCACAGCUCGUGAUGUCGCAGAAGACUCAAACAUUCGUGAAAACGUCGAGGACAUUGAUCGGUGGGUCGUUUAUCUCGCGGCGAGGGGUGAAACCGAAAAGUUGGUCGAGCUUCUGCUCGAAGGCUACGAUCAUAUUCUGGACGCCGAAGAUGCUGGAAUUAAUAUCGUCGACGUUGCUGCCGAGAGAAACCGCGAGGCCACUGUACAAUUUCUACAGUCAAUAAACCACUUUUCCGCUCAGAGAGAAAAACUUCACAGUGCUAUUCGCGCUGGGGAUUUUGAAACUGUGAAGGAAAUAUUCCAGCAAAAUGGCUCGGGCAGUACGCUUCUAGCGGUGGGAAAAAAUAUCGUUAGCCGGUGCGCCCUCCACAUCGCAGUACUCGGAGAGCACGCAAAUAUCGUCGAGUUUAUUGCAAAGAAUUAUCCCGAUGCACUGCGGACCGGUGACAACCUCGAAAGAACUGCUCUCCACUACGCGAUGGGGGUACCAUCAGUCGAAAUUCUCAGUGGAAUGUUAAUCAAAUCCGGAGCAAAACGAGUGCACAAAGAUCUCAAAUCACGACAGCCAUCGUACUACUUUAUGAACAAAACGGACAUACAGAAGCUUCAAGAAGAGGAGGAAAGUAUCGCAAAAGCAAAUCAAAUGUGAACGAAAAUUGGAUUAUUUUAUUAUUUGGUAACUACACUUAAGUACUGUACCGUCACUCAAUGGCGAUGCGAAUUAGUUGGAUAUUUUUUUGCCAACGAAGAAACCAUUUCGAAUAAAAAAUAUAGAAUUGAUAA